AUGUUCACUCGAACUUUCUUCAAUCAACUAUUUCUGUUGAAACCAUCACAGAUUCCGUUGACUAUAUUAUCUCAUCGUUCAAUUACUACCGCUGCCCGUUUGAAGAAACAAUUAAACAUUGCUGCUACACCCCGACCGAAGAUUGAACAACCGGCUGGUAGUGAUGAACUUUACAAACGUUUAUAUGUCGAAGUUCGUGGACAUGAUCCAGCUGUAUUAGACAGUUAUGAGAAAUUCGUUCGUCUUGUAUCAACAGAACUUGAUAUUCAACUGACUAACAUAGAAAAUCCUCCAUUCUUUACAGAACGAUGGACAUUACUUCGGUCAAAAUUUGCUAAGAAAAAAUACUGGCGUGAAUACGAAAUUCGAACGUAUUACAAAAAAUUUCAUUUCAAACAUUUAACAGGCUCAACAGCCAGCACAUUUCUUGAAUAUGUUCAACGAAAUCUACCCGAAGGAGUGAUGAUGAUUGUCGAACGAGUUCGUUUGGAAUCCUUUUCUGAAAAACUGGUGCCUCCAUCAGCAUCGCCAUCAGAGAUCAAUACCGAUCAACAACGAACGUCUUGA